UUAGGUUUCUCUUUGAUUCCCAUUUAUAGUCUUAACCGUUUCCGUAUACUUCGCUUUUAUUUCGAUUGUAGUUUUUUAUUUAUUUAAAAAAUUGUACUCUGUUUCAGCUAAAUCUAUAGAUAAGUGAAGUAAAUUCGUAAAUCGAUUUUAGAACUAUUUCCUCAAAAAUGAAGAAGACCUACUACUUUGACGCCAUCCUGGUGACCUCCACUCUGCCGGGUCCCGAAUUCAUAAGUGAUAGCCUUAGAGCGGAUGGAGGUCGUAUGUAUAGCAUCCGGCUCUUCGAUGACUUUGAGGAUCUUCCAGCCGAUCGACUCUUUGUGGAGCAUUUCCCUGAGGGACCCGCCAUGGCUAAAUUUACGACAAGUCCCUGCGAGCUGAUCGGAUCACUUACCACCAGGGGCGUCUGUGUGGGCCUCUCGGAGAAUGAGGAGCAGGUUGCCGCUGGAAAUUUUAUGCUGGGUCCCACAAUUCUGCGUCAGCUGACGGAUCCUGCCUUCUCGGUGACCCAGAGCGUUAUGGUGGAGCUGUUCAAGGGCAAGAAUUCGAUAUGUGUUGUUGAGCUCAUCGUGAAAAUCAGCUCCUCCGAUCCGGAUAUCAACCAAGUCCUGGUUCCGUUUGGCACGUAUGACGUAUGUCGACCCUCUGAGCGAGACAUAAGUAAGAGAGACAUCAUCUUUACUCUGGGUCGCUCGGGCAAAUGUGGCACCAGCACUUGCAUCACGGAUGAGCGUCUGAUGUCGCAUGCCGGAGCACCCAGUCCAUGUCCCCAUGAGGCCACUGAGGAUGCAGAGGCCAAGGGCGGAGCUGCCGCUGGAUGUGGAUGUUAUAGGCCCGGCAUGGAGGCACCCAACGCAAACGAGGAGGCAAAGAAAAAGGAGCGAGUUGCUCUGAAGAAGCUAAUCGAAGAGCUGGGUCUGGACCAGGUCAAGGUGCCCAAGCCGCCGCGAACAUUUGAAAAGUCACGUCGUUGGCAUAGCUCCAAGACAUCCACCCCGGAAAGCACUUCCUCGUGCGAUCCCUAUGACUUCCUGCCGGAGCGUCCACCCAAAAAGAGGAAGGCUCUCUCCUUGACCGCAUCAAUGGAAAAGCAGGCACGUCACCGCAUCCUGGGACCGUGUCCCAUCGCAGAGCCGCAGCUCAAGAAUGAACCCUAUAAGCCGCGACACCUUUGCCAGCUCUGCAAAUCGGACAUCAGUUGGCUGCCCAAGAUUGCCGCCUGUCCAUAUUGUGGCUACAAGACCUUCGAAGACAUCCCGCCUAGUGAGGGACCCUACGAUUUGACAACCACGGCGCAGCAACUCUUACAGGAUUGUCUUCGGAAGGAGGUUUGCGAAAAAGGCUCAUCCAUCAGUCAGAAUAGAGAAAUAGGAGACGCACUUGAUGAUGAUCCCAAUAUGCCGAAGCGAUGCCUCUGUGUUUCCGGCCAGCCCUGUACCCGUUGUCGCAUCCGCAAGCUCUGCGAGAACUUUGCUAAGGACAACGAUUCUAAAAAGUCUUCGCUGCCCCAGGCCCAUGCUCAUGGCCCACGUAAGUCCAAGGACCAGUCCCACCCGGCUAAGGAACAUGACCCAAAGCGGGCCAACUCCACUACCUCGCACGAACGAUCUCAGCUGGUGUCCAUCUUCACGGAGAUGCGGAACAUGUAUGGCCGGGAGAAGGACUCCGCCGCGGCAGACGCCCAGGCGGAGAAGCUACGCAAGGAGUGCGAUGCCAUCUGCCGCGGCACCAAGUCUUCCAAGGCUCGCAGGGCGUUGCAGAAGAAGCUCAAGGCGAUUGACAAGGCAUAUCCCUCACCGCCCAAGAAACGUGUCAAGAAGCGCGUUGAACGACCCAAGUCCAAGUGCUACACCUUCUUUAAGGUGCACAAGCGGCCAACGGAUCCCCGGAUCGGGCAUACGGCCUGCAUUUCGGAUGGUGCCUGCUCCGGCUACUGCAAGGUGCCCUGCCACAUGGGCUGGAUGUGGACCAAGAGCGAGAUGGCGCGCUACAAAUCCUGGCGUCCGGGAGCCAUUUCCAAGCCCAUUCGCCAGAUGAUGGCCUAUUUCCUGCGCGACUUUCCGGCGGAUAACAUUUGCCUUUCGCGCUAUCACUACUUGCGCCGCAAGGGUCGCAAGGAGAUGCCGGAGGAGGAGCCACUGGUGCAGCAUCCUACGCUGCAGAUCAGUCGCAAGGGUGACGAGUAUGUCAUCACUCUGCGUCCUCUAAAGGAUCCCAAGUCUCUGGCGGUCAGUGCUAAUCCUUAUGCGGACAUGAAGCCGGUGGUCUUCCGGAUUACCAAGGAUCCCAUGGCUGUGGCAAUCCGUGAGUUGAGGGAGUACCUGCGGGACAAGGGCUUUGCUCCCUGCACCUGUGAUCGCCCCUUGACCAACUGCUUCUGCCGGACCCACAUCGACAAGAAGCGCAUUCAGUACGAGGUGGAUUACAUCUCACGCCGCCGGGGCUGGUCCAUCACAUCGGAAACUUUUACGUAUUCUGCGGACGAUGAUGAUGACAGCGAUCGGGAGUACGAGUUUGGAGUAACUCCACCGGCCGGAGUCAUUAAGCCGGAUCGUCAACCGAGACCGGACAGGACCAAUGCGGAGACGCAGUACAUGGAGAACGAUUGGGCGGCGCCUUCAAUGUUUCCGCAUCCGGCCAACAUGUUCGCCCAGUACGGAGCCUGUGUGAUGGGUGAGCGCAAGAAGCAGUUCAGUUGGCUCUAUGGCAAGGGCAACAUCCAUGCGGAGCCCAAGAAGCCCAUCCUGAAGAAUCCGUCCAAGAAGAAACCCAAAAAAAGCUGCCCUUCCGCAGCGCUGGCGGCUAUGACGAUCCACGUCGCUUCGAUCCUCCGCCCCUGAACAGGCCGUGGACUUACAAUGUCCCAGGACGAUAGCGUUAGAAAUAAGUGUUUUAAUUUUAAUUAAAGGACAAUCUAAUAAAAUCUGUAUUUGUGAUCGGA